UAUACGUUGUUUCAGGUCUACAAGUGGAAUAAAGGGAGUUACUCAUUUAUUUUAUUUAUAUUAUUUUAUUUCAAACACAAUUCUUGUUCAACUCUUCAUACUCUCAUACUCUCAGUUUCUCUCACCCUUUCUCUAUCUCCCUCUUCAAUUCUCAUGGCGUCUGCUUCAUUCAGGGCUCCUCAGCAACAAUUUUUGAACGUAACUCCUCUGAAUAGCAUGCCUUAUGUUGAUCCAAUUUCAUCUCAUGGUGAUAAUUCAUCUCAACCUCAAGUCAAUGGAGUUAGAGAGGCUGGAGAAAAUUCUAAGCCAACUUUGAUAUAUUUGCCCUCUGAACCAACUGCGGAGGAAUUAGGACGAAUUUUAUCUGUCACAAGAGAUGGAGUUGCUUUGAGUGGCAGUGCAGCAGCAGCUGUCUCGAUUGGACCAGCUCUUGGAAAGAUGGAUAUUAGUGAAAGUGACGAUUCCUACUACUUCCGCGUGGCUCUAGCGGGUGUUGCAAGAGAUGACUUCACUUGUGACGUGGCUCCUGACGGGCAUAUAUUAAUCAAAGGAGUUACGACAACCGGGGAGAAGGUUGUUUACAAGAAUUCAAUGAAAUUCGAGAUGCAAUCUCAGAAUCUCUGCCCACCAGGGCACUUUUCCAUCUCAUUUCAUCUGCCAGGACCCGUUGAUUCCCAAGAUUUAUCUGGCCAUUUUGGCAUUGAUGGUAUUUUUGAGGGCAUCGUGAAGAAAGAGCUGGCAUCUGUUUAAUGUAUUCGUACAGUAGUUACCAUAUUCGUGAAAAUAUUUCGUAGCACAUUGAAUUAAGCAUGGAUAGUUUGUAUUUGUUUAGUUUUAUAAACCGCAGUAAGAUCAGGUAUUCUGGUUUUGGGAUACAGUUUCUUCACCACCAGAUUAGAAGCUUCAUCGGAGUUUUGUUAGAGCCCAUCCUAAGAUAGCAUGAAGGAGCUUGAAUCUUAGCUUCUGGUUAAUCCGGCAUGCAGGAGUUCUUGCUCUUUUAGCUAUCUAGGAUACAUCUGGAGUUGCUGUGUGGAGCUUUUAGUUGUUGUAAUAUCUGUGUAUUCUAGAGUUUAGAACCUGUGUUAAGUUAAAAGUUUAGACAUGUUACAAAAAUGACUUAGUUUCAUAAAAUUUAAAGUUAUUUUAUAUUUGGACAGCAAAUAAUUUGUGUCAAUUUAAUAGAGUGUGAUUCUGCUAGCCUAUCUAGCUAUGCAUUU